AGUUAAUUCUCACCAAACCGCCCUGUUCAGCCCGGCUGCCGUCAGACGACAGUUUUCAGCCUAUUUAGUUAACGGGACGGUGAAGGACGGUGGGCUGCAGCUGGCUGCCAAGACCGCCCACCGUCCGGCACCGGCUGGACGAUGUCGAACCCUGAGCGGCGCUGCUAGUCUACUUGGCUAGCAACCUGGGAACUCUCACCCUUGGCGCAGAAUUCCAGCAAGUCCGUUGCGUGCCGCCAGCGUUAACUGAAUAGAGAGAGUAUAGAUAUUACGAGUUCAUUGGCCCCAUGCUGGACUGCACCGCCGUGCCGGACACUCCCACUGGUCGCACCCUACGAUUCUCGAAGCUGAAGAAAGUCGUCCUGGGCACUGAUUGUCCCGUCUCCCACUACGACGCGAACACCCUCGUCAUGACCGAGCGGGCACUUCCAUUCCUCUACACCCCGAACAUCCAGGCCAUAGUAUUAAAGAACGACAUGAUGCCACCGGGCCGGCCCUUAAAAUGGCCCGCCAACGUCCCCACUGCAGCCAGCCUCACCUCUCUGCGGCUAGAGAAGAGCCUCAUCGGCGAGCAUGCACUCUGCGACCUCCUCUCAACCACCCCGAACCUUCAGACGCUGCACUAUGAACACUGGUCCGACUUUGGGGGUGUCAACGGCCCUCAACUGCGGCAGGGCUUGCCGCCGUCGCUGCAAGAGCUGGUUAUCGCGGUCCGGCGGGACGAAUCUGGCCCGGGUACCAUGACGCUGGGUUUGGAGGAAUGCAGGGACCAGCUGGACUCGUUACAGCACCUUGCGCAGUCUCGAAAUUUCGCUGCCGCUGUUGCUGGGCUUGAGGCCCUGGAGCGUAGGUGAGAUGGGACUUGCGGAGACGCUUCCGAGCCGCUUGGAAAAACUCUGCGUGAGAGACGAUAAUUACGGCCCGAACGACUGGUCUUGGUAUAAGUCGGGUACGCUGGAUGUAUUGGAGCGGUUUUUGCGCGAAAGAUCGCUCGUGACGCCUUGCCUUCGGUGCUUGGAGCUGAGCUUUGAUGAUGUUUGUCGAGAUUGGGAGUUGCAGGCGAAGGAUCGCUUGAAGGCGAUGUGGAGGGAGCGUGAGUGGGAAUCUUAGACUACAAAUCUCUAGGACAAUGGGCUUUUACAAGGAACUAAUUCCUUAGGAACUUGGGUUUGCACAUAAAAAACAGGCUGGAGA